AUGCAUCUGUGCGCUACUAUUACGGCCGCGCUCCUGGCCGUCCCGGCAGUGCAAGCAAACCUUAACCAGCUGGCUCAAGCUGCUGGGAAAUUGUAUUUCGGCUCAGCCACAGACAAUUCUGAGCUGUCUGACUCCGCAUACGUCGCUAUUCUGUCAAACAAGAAUGAAUUCGGGCAAAUAACACCGGGAAAUACUCAAAAAUGGCAAUACACGGAACCCACACAAAACACGUACAGCUACACCCAGGGAGAUGUCGUCACAAACUUUGCGGCGACUAACGGGCAGAUGCUGCGGUGCCACACACUCAUCUGGCACAGCCAGCUCCCAAGUUGGGUGUCCUCCGGCACCUGGACAAACAGCACUCUCGCCGCCGCCAUUCAGGCACACAUCGCCAGCGAGGUCGGCCACUACAAGGGCAAAUGCUAUGCCUGGGACGUCGUGAACGAGGCCCUCAACGAUGAUGGAACCUACCGGACGAGUGUCUUCUAUAACACCAUGGGGACCUCCUAUCUCCCAGUGGCCUUUGCUGCCGCUGCCGCAGCGGACCCGGCUGCCAAGCUCUACUACAAUGAUUACAAUAUUGAAUCCUCAGGGGCAAAGUCUACGGCGGCAGUAAAUCUGAUCAAGACCAUCCAGGCCGCGGGAGCAAAGAUAGACGGGGUCGGCCUCCAGGGCCACUUCAUCGUCGGCUCCACGCCCAGCGCAUCCGCCCUCACCAGCCAGCUCAACACCUACGUCGCCCUCGGCCUCGAGGUGGCAUACACCGAGGUCGACGUCCGGUUUUCCAGCCUCCCGUCGACGGCAGCCGGACUCGCGCAGCAGGCCACGGACUACGGAUCCGUCGUCAGUGCGUGUCUCGCCGUGGGCAAGUGCGUAGGAAUCACAGUUUGGGACUUUGACGACAAGUACAGCUGGAUCCCGAGCACGUUCUCCGGGCAGGGCGAUGCGUGCCUGUACUGGUCGAACCUCACCACCAAGCCUGCGUACGACAACGUGAAGAAGCUCCUGGCGGCUGCGGCGGGGACGCCGUUGCCGACGAGCACGGCAACCACGCUGUCUAGUAGCACUACGAGGGUGUCGACGACCACGACGAGCUCAUCUGCCUUGGCCACUGGUACCAAUGUAGCGACGCAUUGGAGUCAGUGUGGUGGUUCCGGCUGGACUGGUGCGACGGUCUGCGCAUCGCCGUACACUUGCACUGUUGUGAACCCUUACUAUUCUCAAUGCCUGUAA